CAAACCCGGCUGGUAGCGUUUGCUCUGCGCUCUGCUCUGUCCUAAGCCGCCGAGUGGCUGGACUUGCCAUCUCCGAGCCCCAGGUUCUGAAGCCAUCCCAGAACCAGCCCGCAUCCUGCACCAGGAAGAGCCGCCUAGGGAAGGGAGAGAAGACCACCGCCCAGAGGGAGGGGCGCCCACCGCCCCACCAGACAAGGAUGGGGCAGGCUGAGAAGGACCCCUUGUUCUGCGUUUAGCGUUGAAGACUCUGGAGACUCUUUCUAUUUGGGGGUGGGGGUGACUUCUAUGAGUUUUGGCUAGGAUGAAAAGCAAAUAGAAAGGGAAAGGGAAAAGCCUCCAGAUAUGAUGCUUUAGCCCAGCGGAUGCUCCUAGGGCUGAGGGGUGGAUGUGCUCCCUGUGUGUUUGCUCUGCAGGUCCCUGGGGCGGCUGGUCCCCUCUCUGGCCAGAGUAUGGGAGCCGAAGCUCGGUGGAAGCUGCUGCGACUUCAUCCCAGAAGCCAGCGGGGUUAAAGAGAUCUAGCCUGAGCUCGGAGCCCAUGGACUGUGGAUUUACAUAGUGAUUCCCUUUUGAUGUUGAAUGCAGAAGCUCUCCCUCCCUCCCCCCCAUUCCCCUUUGGGAUGCAGUAGGUGAUGCCCAGUUCUACUGCAAUGGCAAUUGGAGCUCUCUCAAGUUCCCUCCUGGUAACAUGCUGUCUAAUGGUUGCCCUCUGUAGCCCGACCAUACCUCUGGAAAAACUGGCCAAGACUCAGGAAAAACAGGAGAUUAAAACCAAUCAAGAGAAGAGAGACCACGCAGCCCGGGACACUCAGAGCCAGACAGGCCCAGGGAAAAUGAAUGAAAUCACUAGGAAUGGGCGGGAGGAGGGCAGCUCCAGGGAUGGGAAGAGCAAAGGAAGCCGGAAUUAUUCCAACAAAGAGUCUUGGAGCAAACAGAAACAGACUUGGAAUAGCCAAGGGAUGAGCAGUAAGCCUGGGAAUUUGCAAGCCCAAGAGACAGGGGAUAGUGUUCAGGAAGAAGCUCUGGCUGCAGAAGAUGCAUCUCUCCCCGAAGCCCUGGCUACUCCUGAACCCCCUGAGGAGUAUGCCUAUCCAGACUACCGAGGGAAGGGCUGUGUGGAUGAGAGUGGCUUUGUUUAUGCUAUUGGAGAGAAGUUUACUCCUGGCCCUUCAGCCUGCCCUUGCCUUUGCACUGAGGAGGGACCGCUAUGCAUUCAGCCUGAGUGCCCAAGACUCCACCCUCGCUGCAUCCACGUAGAUACCAGCCAGUGUUGUCCUCAGUGCAAAGAGAGGAAGAACUAUUGUGAGUUCCGGGGAAAGACGUACCAAACUCUAGAAGAAUUCAUGGUCUCUCCCUGCGAGAAAUGCCACUGUGAAGCCAGCGGUGAAGUGCUUUGCACUGUGUCAGCUUGUCCUCAGACGGAAUGUGUGGACCCUGUAUAUGAGCCAGAUCAGUGUUGUCCCAUCUGCAAAAACGGCCCAAACUGUUUUGCAGAAACCACUGUCAUUCCUGCUGGAAGAGAAGUGAAGACAGAUGAGUGCACUAUAUGUCACUGUACUUAUGAAGAAGGCACUUGGAGAAUUGAACGGCAAGCGAUGUGUACUAGACAUGAAUGCAAGCAAAUGUAGAAAAUCUGCAAAUCCAAGUACUCUAAUGUUUUGGGGUUUGUUUGUUUUUUUUUUACAAAGAAAAAAUUCACUUCAGAUGACCCUGGGAAAUAUCAAUAAAAAUGAGAAGAUUUUUGAUGAGAAAUAAUGGAAAAUACUGGUAUUUUGGUUUUCAUAGUAACACAAUUACUGCAGAUCAAAGAAAUGAAGAUAUUUAAAAGGAAAAAAAAAAACUUUUGACAUGAAAUUACUGUCUAAAUAAAUGUGCUAUUUUCACAAUGAGUACACUGAAGUACACUAUUAAAUAUUAAUGUAUUUCUAUAAUCCCAUUAGAGAGCUUAUAUUAAAUGUUUUCUAUAGAUACAGAUUAAAAAGCAGUAUCGUCAGUUGUCCCUACUGUACAUCUGCAUACCUAUUUCUGUUCUGAUUUGAUCAAAUGGGCACCUUUAUUACUGAUAACACUCUAACACAUGUGGUGAUUUGAGAAUCAGAAAAUAUCAAGUUACCAGGACUUUGAAUUACUCAGUCGCAAACCUAUUCUAAUAUAAGCAAUCACAUUCUUUGUUUUAACAUUCAUAUGUCUAAUGUUUAUCUUCUGAAGAGCAAUUUUCAAUCACAUACAUGAAACAUUUCCCUCUUAAAAUAUUUUGCUGCUUUAACAUUUUCUUUCUCUAUCUUUUGGGAAAUUGAGGGACAGAAAUUACAAAAUGCUAUUCAAGUUCAGUAUAUCUGAUAAAGCUUCACAAUCUCAAAGCUCUUAAAGGGACUUGUCUUAAUCUUGAGAAUACAUGUCAUUCUCAAGCAUAACCAGAUUUUCUAUUAACUCAAAGGGAUCAACCAAGAUGUGGGUGGGAGAGCCAACUGGAAGGGCUGGAAUCCUUUUGUUACUGUUUUAUAAUACUAAGACAUGCAGAACCACAGGGGGGAAAUCAAAAGUCUUUAUUCAAUGCCACAAGCAUUUAAUAAGCACCUAUUUUAUGCUAGGCCCUAAGCUAGGUGCAGCUAUUUAAAACAAAAACUUGCCUUCAAGGACCUUAUGUUCUUUUAAUACUUAAAUCACACGUAUGAAUAUAAAAAUGAGAAAUUUUAUUGAAUAAAAGAAAAUAAUAGUCCUUUCUCACAUGUUUUAUAAUUUAAUUGAAAACAAAAUAAGGACUAAUAUGUUUUGUUGCAGAUAUUAAAAAUAAGAAGAAUUGAAGCAUAUCUUCCAAAAAUAUUUAUAAACUGACAUAAUAUACUUUAUAACAUAUAUAUUAAUCUUGUCCAUCAACAAGCCCUACAAAGCUGUUCUACUGUUCCCUUAGCCCAAUUAUUCUACACUCAGUAAAAAUAGAUGUAAAACAAUUACACGCUAAAACUUACAGUUGAAUACAAUUACCAGUUCUAAUUCACUUCCAUAAUUCUCCCUAAGGAGAAAAGAGCCAAUGUACCAAUUCAUUCCAAAGCAAGAAACAUUUAUUAAGUGCCUUCUAUAUUAAAGGCACUAUGGUAAGUGCAAGGAUGAACACAAAGGAAAAAACAAAUUGUCCCUGCCUUUGUGGAGUUUACGUUUCCCUGAAACACAUGGGAAGUGACCAAUAUCUGUUGUAGGAGAGGAUUCUAUACCUAUGUAGACCCAUGCUCACCAUACUGAGGUUUAGGAAUAGAUGACUAGUAAGGUCUUUUCCAACUGGGUGAUUCUAUAAGAUUUGGAAUAUGGUUGCAAAGGACAUCACGUUCCUAGGAUAGAGAGGAUCAGAUUGGAGCGAGUUGUCAUGACCUCAGAUCAGUUUUUAAAGAGCAUGUAUUUACUGGAAUGGAAAAUCUCCUGGUGAAGUUUCAAGUGAGAUUAAAGCUGAUUCAUGGUCAGAAUGUGUUAAAAUGUAAACCAAAUUUAUGCUUACACCUGACUCCCGCAGAGAUUAAUUCCAGGAGAUAAAGUUGAAUAGAUCUGAUUGAACCAUAGAACAGCCCUCCUUUUCCCCUCUAAAGUUUAAGCACAGAUUUUCUUCUUUUCCUUUUUUUGCCCCCUUGAGUAUCCUCAGUCUGCAGCACUCUCUUUCCUAGAUACCCAGAAGCUACGUGUAAACCAGAACUGAAGCUAGGGCUUGGAUUAAAGUUUGAGAAUACUUGCCUUAAUGUAAAAUAGUAUUGUUUGCAUUUGUACAGCUGAAACGUCUGUUAUUUUUGAUGGUUCAUUCUUGAUAUUGGCUUGAAUAUUUCUAUAUAAAAUAAAUACACAUGCAAACAUAGGCAGUAUAUACCCAUAUCACUCAGUAAUUUUCUUUUUUAUAAACUAUAGUUGCUUAUUCAACAAUGAAAUCUAUUCUUUUUUCUAAAUAUAUUACACUUAUCAAACACAUUCAGAAACUAGAAGGUUAGAUUGGUUCUUACUUGGAUUUGAAGAUGCCUGCCUCCACAAACUGACUUAGGCAAACUCUUGAUCAUGGCUGAGGUGUAGGAUUUCUAGACUUCAGAAAAAAAAAAUUCUGAUUUCUUGAGUUCCUCAGGUGUCCAAAAAAAAAAACCUUCCAAAAGCUCUAAUUUUGAAUAAAAAAAAAAAUCUUAAAUUCCAAAUGGCCCUACAGAUAAGUGCCUCUUCAAUAGUGAAGUGAUGUUCAAUGAAUUUCUUUCAUUUUGAUCAAAAUGAAAAGACUUUAAACAAUUUAUUUGAAUGAUUAAUUGCCUUUUUGAUCCAUAUCCAACAAGAAUGCCUUAGUUGGAUGAAAAUCUGCAAGUUUUGUAAUUUGACUUAUUCAUAAGCGCAAGAGCUUUCAGUGCUGACUUUUUAAAAUUCUUGUCAGAAUUUACACCUUUAUUUCUGAGAGACCCUGGAAAAAAAUGAUAGUUUACUGUUUUAUCAUCAAUAAUUUAAAAAGCAUUUAUUAAGUACUUACUAUGGUCCAAGGCACUGUGCCCUUUUAUAUAAAGCUUUUAAAAAAGGCUUAAGACUGCACCAUUAUGAACAUACUGUAUAGACUAUACUGUAUAGAUGGACCACAUUCUCCUGGCAUUCCAAGCAUCCCAAGAAGUUCCUUAAGCCAAGAUUUCACACUGAGCUAUGAACUACCUGAGAAUUCCUAAUCUGUACGAGUCAUGGUCAUUUUUUUAUGCAACAUUAAAACAACCGGUAAGUUCACUAAAAAAUUCCAUCAGAUCUGAGGGUUGGUGUGUAGUCCAAAUAGCUAUUAAAAUAAGGUUUUUACUUUUUAACUAAUUGUUAAAGUUUUCAUUUUCUAACCAAUUGUUUUUUAGCAUCAUGCAGGCCUGGUACAAGUCUAAUGAUAAUUGAACUCAAAUUCCACGUUCAUUACUUCUACCAUGAUUGAUUUAAGGACAUGGAUAAAAUUAAUCUGGCCUUAGCUUAGUUUGGGUAAAUUGAAAUGAUGCAUGUGUUAGUGGGUAAAUCAUCAGAGUGAUUUAUCAGACACAACCUGUAUACCUCUAAUAAGUAGUUUGUGUUCCUUUUAUUAACAUCAUGAAGUUAUAAAAUAUCAAAGCUAGAAGGAAUUACAUAAAUCACAUCUUUUACCUAUGAGGAACAGGCUUACUGAAGGAAAAUGGCUUUUCUGAGGUCUGUGUUGGUAGCAGGGCUGGAAGGAGAAUGAGAAGGCUUUGUAACUUUAUGAUCUGAUCUUUAUGUAUGUGUGUGUGUG